AACGUCUCUUCCUGGAAAGCACAACUCACUGCUGGUUGGACGCAUAGAAAGGCUCUCUGGUGGUGAGGAGCCAAGUCAGCCCUGAAGACCAUGAACUUAUCCAUUGAGCACUGCAACAUAUCUGACUGGUUGAGACUGGAGGCCACGGUGAAGGCCUCUGUGUAUGUGGUGGCUUUCUCCAUUGCCACAUCCAUUACCGUUGUCAUUAUCGCAAUAGUGUCACAGGAUCUGCAGCUGAGGAAAGAGGUCCGACUGGUCCUUCUCUGUCAUCACCUGCUGUGCAUCUCUUCCUACUGUGGCCUGGGGGUUGUCUUCCAAGGAAUGCGGGCCUUGCUGGCCAACAGCCCCCUGCUGCUGUGCUGGCUGGUAUUUGGGGCACAGCUAUGUGUGGGAGAAGGGAUCCUCCUUACUCUGGCCUUGAUGGCACUCAACACUUACCUGGCCAUUUGUUAUCCCCUGAACUCUCCAUCCUUUGUAGAAUCUGCUAAGUACAGGAUUCUGACUGGGACCUGGACCGCUGUUCUACUCAAGAAUGUUGGCUUAUUCCUCCUAGAGGCCACUAGCCCUCCUCCAGCCUCUGUUUUCCAGUCUGCCCCUCUCUGUCCUGUCAUCUUGAACGGUACGCCUGCCAGAGUCAUCGGCAUGCUUUUCCUUGCUCUUCCUUUAUGUGUCAUCCUUGUGUGUUACUGUCUGAUAUACCGAGAAGGGAAGCGGGCUGGCCAUUUUAAUAGAUCAAACAUCAGGGCCAGGAGAACUGUCCUCGUUCAUCUACUGCAGAUAAGCUUACACGUCAUCCCCACACUCAUAGUCAUAGUUUUGGGAAAGCGGUGUGGGGUGUUUUUCUUUACUCUAAAUCUGGUGCUUUUUGGUGUGUUUGCAUUUGCACAGUGUUUCAACCCUCUGGUGUACGGGCUAUGCAGCAGAGACCUGCAGAGAAAACUGUACUCUUGGCUGCACUGUCAGAAGAACCAGCAGGGGGCUGGCUUAAACAAAGAUUUAGCUCUUCCUAGUAACUCCAGACUUAAUAGGGGUGUGAGGGCUGAGGACUUGCCUUGCAUUCAGCCCCAAACUGUGCUUUGA